AUGGAGCAAGAGCGCACCCGCACCACACCAGAGGGUCGAAUCGCACGACAAUGUGUGGAUGAGCUUGUUCAGCUUAAGUUAGAUCACCAGUCCACCUUUGACUCUGCACUUCGGGUUCGUGCAUUACAAUCCCUGCGAACGCUCCCGAUUUUGUCUACCGAUGAAGAUCCACACUUUAUUGUAAGCAUGCGUGCGCUCCGCGUUGCCGCGUACUUCGGCGAUGUGCAGUCUCCAUCGACAUUUGCGUUGCUUAACCAUAUCACCAAGCACACUUAUAUGUUGGAUGGGUUUAAUUUAUAUCAGCUAAUGGUCACUUUGUCGGAUCUUCAACAUCCACAAACAGUUGAACUACUGAACAUUCUACGACCUCGCAUUCAUCAAGUAGUGCUUAAUUAUGACAUCACUGCGGCAGAAGUUGUGCUUUUUUUGCGUGUACUUCACAAGUACCAUAUCGAUGACUCGGAGUUGAUUCAAAAGCUCGCAAACAUUAUACAGUACACGAUCUCAGACCUUUCUCUAGUGGAUGUCACGCGAUGCAUUUCUGCGCUGCCCUUUACACGUAGUGUGGAGAUCACACAAAGGAUCCUCACAACCGCCGAGGAAAAGCUGUGCGAGUUACUGGAUGAAGCUGUGACAAACUACAAGGUGUACUGUGGGGGCCUUCAUGACGGGUUUGAGUCUCUAUCCACGUCAUUUUAUACUGAUGAUGGAGCGAAUGGAAGGGCAAGCAAGCGAAAUGAGGUUCAGACAAUGCUUUUAAUCAAUGCCAAGAGAAGCCGUACACUUAUUCAAGAGCUAUCUAACACUCUGAUUUGGGCCCGCCAGGCACCACGUCGGCUGAUAAAUGGGCUCCUUUCCACAGCACUCGUGUAUUCGGAAAGUAUAAAUUCUCAGGAAAUUUUGAAAGGCCUCAUCGAAAAAGGUGAGAUUCAGACAACAUCUGCCGAGACAACUGAGAUGUCUGGCUCGUCGUCUGUUGUACCCCCUGUUCCGUUUGAACCUAAGCCAAAAGGUAUCCAAGCUCCACACCAGACUGUGCCUUCCUUCUCACGCCAUGACAUUUGUUUACUGAUGAAAGCACUCUGUGAAGUGCAUUACCGUCACGAGCGUGCAUUUCUCAUUUUAGCCAGCCGUGCGGUUACUGCUAGAUCUUACCCGCAAGGCAAUAAUACUACUCAGGAGGAACUGCUUUCGAGUGAUUCUCCACCACUUAAUGCCUUACCACCUACGACACUUCUAAGGAUCAUUCAAGAUCUAAGCUUGGUAGUUGAGUGUUUAGCAUACUUUUACUUAGUCCAUGCAAGGUGUACAGUAGCCGCGCUUCUGCAGGAAGUAAAUAGUGUUUUAUGCAAUGCCAUCAAUCCGCUCCUGACGACCCAGGCGGUAGAGGCUUUGAGUCGACUUCUGGUGAGCCUGGCGCGUCUGCAUUACCCAGCUGCCGCGGUCGCCGCUGGGGAGAGUAGCGAUGUUUCGGUUCUGGAGUCGAUAUGCACAUGUGAGGCCAUUACACGCUACUGUAUGAGUCCCUAUUGCGCGCAGGAUAUUUUAUUGGCCUCACAUCUUCUUAGUGGGGUGGUCCAAGUCAGUGUUCAGCUACAGUUACCCCAGGGUACGACUGCUGCUCUUUCUUUGUCUGUCCAAAAACGGAGCGUUCUAGUGUCGCAUUUGUUAAAGGCAUUGUCACCUUCCAUUCCCAAUACCUCUGUUAGCCGGACACUGCCAUCGAUGUCCGAUUCCGUUCCCCUGAAUCACGUAAUGAAUGAAAUAACUGCAUCCAUAGAACUGAUUCAGGCUAAUCCAUCUGUGUUUGAUUUAUCAGUUAUAGAUCCUGCACUGAAAAUAAUAAAAGGACGUUGA